GUCGGCUGCUUGUCAUAAAAGAGAGGAAACUAAAGAGACGAUCAGACAGGUUUUCAAAAUUACAGACUCACCAACACACGAGUGGGAUGAAAACAACUGAAUUAGUCACUGGACUGCGCUUUGAUUCCAACUAAAGGUACAAAUCGACGACUUGAUAUAGUAGAGUUCCUCUAUUUGGGAGGUUUUGCUGUUUUUUUACAAUAGUGCUCUUCAAAAUAAUAAUACAUCAGGACUUGCUGGAGAUUGAGUUGGGACACCUUCACGAACUCACGUAGCCUAUUUGCCUGUCUGAUUUUAAAGCGAAUAUGUCCUCAAUAAUGGAACAGCCUUUUUAUGACGACUCGUUUCUCUCUGCUUAUGGCCAUCCAGGCGCAGCCCUGUCAGACUACAAGUUACUAAAGCAGAACAUGAACUUGAACUUGUCUGAUCCUUAUCGGAGUUCCAACUUCAAGUCUCACCACCUGCGCGCCGACUCCGAGUUGUAUUCGGCGGCCACGGCGGACCCGGGCUCCCUCAAACUCGCCUCUCCGGAUUUGGAGCGACUCAUCAUCCAGAACAGCAACGGGCUCAUCACUACCACGCCGACGCCGAGCCAGUACCUGUACAACCGCGGGAUCACAGAGGAGCAGGAGGGCUUUGCCGAAGGUUUCGUGAAAGCUCUGGACGACUUGCACAAGAUGAACCAGAUGGCACCGCCCAACGUGUCCAUCGGAACCGGGGGUGUAGCCUGUUCGGCGCCCGGUUCGGUGUACGGGUCACCCAUGCAGCCCGAGCCGCUCGAGUACACGAACCUGGGCAGUUGCUCCACGAACCCCGGCUUGUCGUCGGCUGUCAGUUACCCGUCCGCCACCAUCAGCUACCUGCCGCACCACCCCUACCACCACCCGCACCCCCAGUCGCAUCACCCCCAUGGAGGUGCGCACGCGCCCCACUCCUUCCAACACUCGUUGGCCGGCGCUGGGCUCCACGCACCGCGCUUCAGCGGCCUCAAGGAGGAGCCCCAGACCGUCCCGGACAUGCCGAGCAGCGACAACAGCUCGCCGCCCAUGUCCCCCAUAGACCUGGAGAAUCAGGAGCGAAUCAAGGCGGAGCGCAAGCGGCUCAGGAACCGGCUGGCCGCGUCCAAGUGUCGGCGGCGUAAGCUGGAGCGCAUUGCCCGUUUGGAGGACAGAGUGAAGGUUCUGAAAACGGACAACGCGGGGCUGUCCAACACGGCCUCCCUCCUACGGGAGCAGGUGGCCCAACUCAAACAGAAAGUUAUGACACAUGUGAGCAGCGGCUGUCAGCUCAUGUUGUCUCCCAAAGUCAAAUCCUACUGAGGAAACCGAACUUAGCACUUUGAAAACACUGGACUGGAACUGCACUGACAGCACGGGUUACUGGAUUGUUGUGGCUGAAACUAAAGUACAUGGGAAUCAGUGAAAACGAACACACUUUGGGCAUUUUGGAGCACAACUUGUCCUGUUUACAUUGUACAUUGUGAUGAAUUCUCUUGUAACUUAUUUCUGCUGUCAGGUUGAACCUGACCAUUAUUUUUUGUACCUGUACAGUAUAUUUAAGUAAAAGAAAUGAUACACUUGA